GGAUGUAUCUACUAAUUACGAGCCUUUCGUUUACUAUCAGUUAGUAUUGAAAUAUAUGCACGUGCGAUGUUGCUCGAUAUCUUACACAUCAGAUUUUACACGUGUCACAAAAUAUAAACUGUAUUGGAAGUACAAAUAACAUUAAAUUGGGAAAAAUCCCAUCCAAUAACAACUGAUCUGUGUUGUCAGCAACAUGUUAAACGUGUGGCUAUUGUUUGUUAUAGCCGUGGUAUCCAUUAAGGGUAUCGAAGUAAUUUUCGAAAGAAUAGAACAAUUAUCAGGUUUUGAUAUGUUUCAUCAUACACUACGUGUACGGAAGUAUAAUGCUACGACGUCGGUUCUGAAUGGUUCGCUUGCGUCUUGCAUAUCGUUGAACAAUAGCUACCAGAUAUCAACAAUCUUCUUUCACAGCAGCCUUGGAAAUCAACAAUUUAACUACUACCCAAUAAAAUAUCCACCCGGACCGUUAUGCGUUUCGCGCGACUUGCUGUACAAUGAGUUCAGAAAGUCUUUUACGAAUGUGUACAAUCUCCCGGAGAAAGGUGUAUGCCCGAUAGAACCGAGAGAAAUUUAUUUUCUAGACAAAAUAUUUCCAACCGAGGUGGUUCCUACAUUUGUGUCCGUUGGGCUAUGGAAGGUAUUUAUUAUCGUGACGCUAGACAACGUUGAGGUUUCACGAUUUGUAUUAAUUUGUAAAGUAAACAAAUACUUUUGAUGAGCCUGUGCUAACACAAAUCUAGUUGGUAGCUGUCGGUAAACGAGAUUAAACAUAAGAAAAGAUUUGGAAAUAAAUUUGUAUAAAUUAGAAAAGAUA